CAAAAAAAUGUUGAACGAGGGAUUUAUGGCUGCAGUCUAUGCAGGGAUCUUUUCUCUUUGUUUACAUUUCAGAACAGUGCAUUCCAUACGUUAAAGAGACUGUCAUCGGUACAGUGUCAGGUAUUAUUCCUAAGUAAAUAUUAUACUUAAAGGUUUUAGCGAAAAAACUAUUGCGGUGUUACAAUCAAGACGAUAACUUGCGAACUAGCCUGUAGCUAAUUGUUAUUACUCUGUUUUUCCUGUGCCGAUCCCUGCUUUAGAAGAUGGCAAGUUAGUAUUCGUGUUUUGUUAGACUUUAUUUUCAACAUGGAUAUCAAGGGAAGUCAAGUGAUUGAGAGGAUAUAGCGACAGAUGAGGCUAAAAGCCAAGCAGGAUCACCUCACCUUCACAAUCACACAGACUGAACAAUGUUUGGUGUGCCUCAAAGCUCCAAGUCUGAGUUCCUGGACAAAGCCAGGCAGGCCAGAGAAGAAAGGAAAGGGCAAAAGGAGAAAGAAAAAGCAGCAACCCAAAUUCAAGCUCUAAUAAGAAGAUUCUUGUGUCGCUGCAGGCUGCAGAAGGAAUUAAGGAAAGAAGUCGAUGAUUAUUUCCAAACUUCUGAAACGGGAGCAACAAAAAGAAAUGCACUUUCAAUUUUUAAAAUUGCUCGGAAAUUACUUUUUAUCUUUUGCCAGGAAGACAAGAUGAGAUUUGAAAAGCUCUGUCGUGCUAUCUUAGCCAGCAUGGAGGUGGAAAAUGAACCUAAAGUCUGGUAUGUUUCUCUGGCUCUAUCCAAGGAUCUCACCAUUCCUUGGCUCAAACAAAUCAAAGAUGUGUUGUGGGUUUGCUGUCAGCUUCUGAAAAAACUCAAGCCAGACAUACUUCAAGACAACAAGUUGAUUACACUUUACCUCACAAUGCUGGUGACCUUUACUGACACAACAACAUGGCGGAUAGUCAGAGGGAAGGGGGAAGCCCUCAAACCGGCUUUGACGAGGAUUUGUGAAAACAUCAUGGGCCAUCUCAAUCAAAAGGGUUUCUAUUCCGUACUACAGAUCUUGCUGACUAAUGGCCUGGCUCGUUCGAAACCGUCUCUUUCCAAAGGCACCCUGACAGCUAUUUUCAGCUUGUCACUGAGGCCAGUCAUUGCUGCCCACUUCUCAGACAACCUGCUGCGAUCAUUCCUCAUUCACAUCAUGUCAGUUCCUGCCAUUGUAUCGCACCUCAAUGUGUUAACCCCAGAGUGCAUGACAUCCAUGCAGACGCAUGACAUGCUUCGGAAGUUUAUUUUAUUUCUCAGUCGGGAAGAACAGUGUUUGGACAUCUGUGUGUGUCUUGAGGGCAGCCACACUCUCUGCCUACUUGGCAAUCUGAUCUACCUGGGUUACCUUAACGAGAAGGUCUUAGAGGAGGAGGCUAACCAUUUUGUGAAGGACCUGACCGACAUGCUGUCCUACUGCCAGAGAUAUGUAUCGCAAAAGAAGUCCAAUUUAACCCACUGGCAUCCUGUCUUGGGCUGGUUUUCUCAAACAGUUGAUUAUGGACUGAAUGAGUCGAUGCCACUGGUCACUAAACAGCUGCAGCAUCUUUGGGGUGUGUCAGUAAUUCGGACACUUUUCAGUGAUGUCCUGUCUAAAAAGCUGGAGAGUCAGGAGCCCACUCCCCCACCCCCACAGCCAAGCACUUCACAGAACAACCUACCAGUCAAAAGCCUCUUCAAAAGAGCAUUUCAGAAGUCUGCAUCUGUCCGGAAUAUUCUGAAACCCGUUGGGGGGAAGCGAGUUGACUCAGCUGAAGUUCAGAAGGUGUGCAGCAUCUGUGUGCUCUACCAGACCGCUCUUUCCACACUAACACAAAUACGCCUUCAGAUCCUCACCGGUCUGACGCAUCUCGAUGACCUUCUACCCAAACUGUGGGCCUUUAUCUGUGAGCUCGGACCUCAGGGGGGCCUUAAACUCUUCAUGGACUGUUUGAAUAAUGACACUGAAGAGUCCAAGCAGCUCUUGGCCAUGCUCAUGCUCUUCUGCGACUGUUCACGUCACCUUAUAACAAUUCUUGAUGACAUCGAGGUUUACGAGGAGCAAACUUCCUUCAAGAUAGAAGAACUCCUCACCAUUUCGUCUUUCCUGAAUACAUUUGUGUACAAGAUGAUUUGGGAUGGCAUCUUAGAAAAUGCAAAAGGAGAAAAACUGGAGUUGUUCCACAGCGUUCACGGCUGGCUGAUGGUGCUUUAUGAGCGGGACUGCAGACGCAGGUUUACACCAGAUGACCACUGGCUGCGCAAGGAUCUGAAACCCAGUGUGUUGUUCCAAGAGUUGGAGAAAGGCAAGAGAAGAGCCCAGCUUUUGCUGCAGUACAUCCCACAUGUCAUUCCGCAUAAAAAUAGGGUGUUGCUGUUCAGAAACAUUGUCACAAAGGAAAAAGAAAGUUUGGGUUUGAUAGAAACAAGUUCUGCUUCGCCACAUGUCACUCACAUCACCAUCCGUCGCUCACGAAUGCUUGAGGAUGGAUACGACCAGCUUCGCAGGUUACCUGUAAACUCUAUUAAAGGGGUCAUUCGGGUGAAAUUCGUUAACGACCUGGGAGUGGACGAGGCGGGGAUCGAUCAGGAUGGUGUUUUCAAAGAGUUUCUAGAAGAGAUCAUAAAGAAAGUUUUCAAUCCCGCUCUUAAUCUGUUCAAGACCACAAGUGGAGAUGAGAGGCUGUAUCCUUCCCCUACGUCUUACAUCCAUGAAAACCAUUUGCUGCUGUUUGAGUUUGUGGGUAAAAUGCUUGGAAAAGCUAUUUAUGAGGGAAUUGUUGUGGAUGUGCCAUUUGCCUCCUUCUUCCUCAGUCAAGUCUUAGGUCAUCAUCACAGCUCUUUCUACAGCUCUAUUGACGAGCUUCCCUCUCUGGACUCUGAAUUUUACAAAAAUUUGACUUCAAUCAAGCGCUAUGAUGGAGAUGUAGGGGAUCUGGGACUGACUUUGUCUUAUGAUGAAGAUGUUAUGGGCCAGCUCGUCUGUCAUGAGUUGAUACCAGGCGGGAAGACCAUUCCAGUCACAAAUGAAAAUAAGAUCAGCUACAUUCACCUCAUGGCCCACUUCCGAAUGCACACGCAGAUAAAGGAGCAAACGGCUGCUUUUAUUCGAGGUUUCCGCUGCAUCAUUAACCCAGAGUGGCUGCAUAUGUUUUCCACACCGGAGGUUCAGCGCCUGGUGUCCGGUGACAAUGCAGAGAUUGAUUUGGAUGACCUAAAGAAACACACAGUCUACUAUGGAGGUUUUCACAGCAGCCAUCGGGUCAUCAUCUGGCUGUGGGACAUCCUGUCCAGUGACUUUAAUGCUGAAGAGAGGGCCAUGUUCCUUAAAUUUGUUACCAGCUGCUCAAGGCCUCCUCUUCUAGGGUUUGCCUACCUCAAACCGCCUUUCUCCAUCCGCUGUGUGGAAGUAUCAGAUGAUCAAGACACUGGAGACACCCUUGGAAGUGUCCUCCGGGGCUUUUUCACCAUUCGAAAGAAGGAGCCUGGUGGUCGACUUCCUACUUCCUCCACAUGCUUCAACUUGCUCAAGCUGCCCAACUACAGCAAGAAGAGCAUCCUGCGCGACAAGCUUCGCUAUGCCAUCAGUAUGAACACGGGCUUUGAGCUGUCCUAACUCAGAUGCGUGGGGCGAUCUGUGCAGGAGCGGCGUUUUAAAAACAGACAAGCAUCUGGACUGGAGCGUGUCCAAAAAAGGAGAAUCAGCUGAAACAAAAAGUGGGUGAUGGAGGUCCCAUGUGGUCUUCAUUUUCCCCUUUUUUUUUAACAAAAACUGGAUGAGCUUUAACAGGAGAAAACUCUACAGUUUUUUUGUUUUCUCCUAUUUGAGUGGAUCCUGUUCUUAAAGAGUUGAUUUCCAUCUUCUGUCUGUGCUGCUCCUUUUGUGGAAAUAUGAUCUACUUAUCUUGAAGGAAAAAGAUUUUCAGUGGCUAACCUCUCUGUUUCUCAAAAAAAAUAAAAUAAUUAAAUCUAUCUUAAAUCGAUCCAUCCUGUUCUAACCAGAAAGCAAUACAGAUAAAGUUCAAGCCAUGAUGCAGAUAGCCACUUGAGUAAAGCCAAGCGAUGAAACACUUUGUAGCUGAUUCUGGCUUAGUCUGAAAAUGUUUUGUGGAACCUAAUGUAUUAUUUAACAAGCUGAAGACCAGUUCUAUAAAACUUCCAUAAAUAAGUGUCUGAAAGCAGAGACUUUGUGUUGAAGGCAGUCUGUCCCCAACUGGAGGGAGAUCAUUUGACUUCCAUCUCUUUCUUCAAACUAAGAGACACUAUGGCAACCUUUGAAAUAGACUGGCCUUCCUGCAUUUAUGCUUUUUUAACACUUUGAGGACUUAACAUCAGGUGUGAUGAAGAACUUUCUUAAAAAUUGGAUCACGUUAGAUUUAAAGAUGUCAUUAAUGUAGCCUCGGCUGUUUUUGGAAAAAAGAAAAUGUUUGUUGGUUAAUAGUCAUGUCUGCAGAGUCCAUGUGUUUUAGUCCUGGUAUCUGAAAUCAGAAAGUGUGCUCAUUUCGUCUCGAAAUGCUGGGUGCCUAAUGCAUUAUUGUUAACCCCCCCUACACACAAACACACUAUGGAGGGUGUCCGUGUUUAAGCUCUAACCAAUAAUCACCGAGAUGGGAAACAAGCCAUAGAAGUGAGGGGCUCUGCUUUUGGACUGCUUCUCUGCUCCAAGAACCCAGGCAGAGUGAUAACCCCACCACUGUUCUAGCACCACAGCAAAGGGUUUCAUCGUGAUGCUUUCUGAUCUCUGUGAACUUCGCAGGAAAUUUCUGCGCUCUAAGAAUCUCCUGAUGUCAUGGACUGAUCCGUUUGAAGCGGCUCCUUGAUUGGUCAGUCUCUCCUUAGAAAUCUUGCACAUGUCAGAAAUCUUGCACGUCUUUGAAAUGUUUGGGCCGGAGGAGGGAUGUGUAUUUGAUUGUGAUCUAAACUAAACACAACUGUACACAGGGUUUUGUCAUGUGAAAAAGUGGAAGAAGGGACUUUAAGGUGAUGCAACAGGAACUGCAGCUUUCUCAAAAAGUAGGUUAGAGGAAAACGGCACGUUUUUACCAACUUCUUUAUUAUGCAAAAAAGUGUUUUCCAUUAUGAAUGAGAAUGGAAAUUGUGGAUGAUGAGAAGCAAUGUUUAUAACUUAUUAGAUAAAAGGCCACUAAUAGAUUAAAGUAGAAAAAAAAAGUGAUUCAAAUGCAGGAUUUUACAUACAAUUAUAAACAGCUUGUAUAGUACAGUUUUUCAAAAUUUGACCCAUCAGAGGACAUUUUUAAUUCCUUUUUAGUCUUAAAAAGCAAAAGCUAUAGGGAAAAGGUUUAAAUAAAUGAAUCUGACUGUUUUGGUGUACAAGAAUAAAUGAGAGAUACCUCAUA